CUGGGCGAUAAACCGAAAAUUUAUCGUUAUCGUGAAUUACAACGAUGACCGACGUCAUUUUGUCCAUGACGGUAAAUACGAUAAUUUAAAGAAAAAGAAACAAAUGUCAAUGUUAUGUUUUGACUUGGGCCAAUAAAUUAUGCUCAUUCCCCUUUAAGACUCCGCAACCGAGCACUAAGUGACGUCAGUGCGCUACCCACGCAGGUGACUCGCUCACCCAGUCUGAAGAAGAGGGGAGUCACGUUGUGGUAAUGGCAUUGGCUGACAAUUCGAACACUGAAGCGGCUGAUACAGCCGGAGACGUCGCGUUUGUCGAGGUGAAUCCACCGGAACUUGUACCAAAAAGAAAUUCUACAUCUGUAAUUUGGAAAUAUUUUGGUUUCUACAAAGAAGACAUUGAACAAAAGAACACGAAAUGCAAAGUGUGUUUAAAAACGAUCGUAACCAACCAAGGCAACACGACGAACCUUUUCCAUCACCUACAGCACAAUCAUGCCGUUGAGUUUGAAGAUGUGCAAAAAGCUCAAAGCGAGAAACAUGGCUCGAGUUCGAGGCUUUCUACCCCACGACAGCAGCGCAUAACGGAGGCAUUUGCGGGUGUGACACCGUAUGAAAGAACGUCGAAGAGGUGGGUUGAAAUGACAAACGCCAUUGGCUACCACAUAGCUAAAGAUAUGGCCCCCAUAGCUACUGUGGAGCGCACAGGGUUUAAGCGUUUAAUGAAUACUGCCGACAAGAGGUACGCCAUACCAUCGCGAAAAUACUUUUCACAAACUGUGCUCCCCAACAUGUUUAAAACCGAGAGGGAGAAGGUCGCUGCCGAACUAAAACAUUUGAAGCAUUUUGCUGCAACAUCCGACCUGUGGUCAAGUCGCACCAUGGAGCCCUAUUUGAGCUUGACGGUGCAUUUCAUUGACGAGUGGCAACUGCGCACCAGAGUGCUCGAAACGGCGUAUUUUCCCACUGAGCACACAGGAGAGAUGAUAGCUCAAGGCCUGACAUCGAUGCUCUCGUCAUGGGACCUCAAAGAAGAAAACCUCGUGGCUAUCACAACAGACAAUGGUGCUAACGUUGUCAAAGCUGCAGAGCUCAACCAUUGGAUGCGGGUGCAGUGCUUUGGGCACAGGCUCCACUUGGCAAUCGAAAAUGCGCUGAAAAAACAACCUGCUGUGGAUCGGGCCGUAAAGGUCUGUAAGAAGAUUGUCAGCUCCUUCUCCUACAGUUGGAAGAAGAAGAAGGCUCUACACAAGGCACAGAUUGAAUUAAACCUGCCCCAACACAACCUUAAAACAUCAUGCCCCACCAGAUGGGGAUCAAUGCACUUGAUGACAGCAAGGCUACUUGAACAAAAGAAAGCCAUCACACAGGUCCUCUCUGAUGACAGAGCAUCAAGGCAUCUGAUACCAAAAUGGUCUGACCUGGAUGUGUUGGAAGCUAUGAACAAAGCUCUGGCUCCUCUGGUGGAGUUCACAGAUGCCCUGUCAGGUGAAGAGUAUGUGACAAUUUCAUCCGUGAAGCCUGUAUUACACAUCCUCCAUUCACGAGUGUUGACUGAGGAAGAUGACGAUGUGGAGCUAACGAAAGCUAUCAAGUUCCACAUUUUCUACAAUAUCUACCAGCUGCUGUAA